AUGGCGCAAUGGGCCGAUGCGUCGCAGACCGUCCCGAUGCACCCCUCCUCCCUCGACAUGGACAUGCGUGAUUUCGAUCCCGAAUACGACCCCACAUACGAUCUCGAAGCCCGAUGUCCUAUGUGCCGCACGCCGACUACCGCACAGGCAGACCUUGCUCUCACUCAGUCUCUCGAAGCGAAAUACCCAAAUUCCUACGCAGAAAGGAGGGCAGAAGAAGUUACUGCUAGGGCUACUACAAAUAGCGAGGGCGUAGAGAAUGUCGUGAUUCUGAUAGGAAACAGGCACAAGUUGGUCGGGGUGGGGGAUGAGCCUGGGAACAAGCAUGACUGGACGUUCUUUGUGAGGCUGUCGCGUCCUGAGCUUGUCUCACAUGUCAAGGUCAACUUGCACCCUACUUUUCGUCCUCCAUCAGUCGUCUUGCGCGAUCCGCCGUUUGAAGUUAGGAGGCUCGGUUGGGGCUACUUUAGCAUAUCAGCGACGAUUGUGUUGAAGGAAGGGUGGGAGUGGAUCGGAGGAGGCGAGGUUAGGGGCGAGCUGAGCGAUAGAAAAGGGGCGUUGGAGUUGGGAUGGAUGCUAGAUUUUGAUGGGGAUGGGAGGCAGGGAAGGAUAAGGGCGGGGGUAAGGAGGGUAGGUGGUUAUGCGGAUGAGGCUGCGGAUAGCGGCGUCGAAAGCCCGCUUAGAGAGCCGAGUCCGGUCGAAGAUGGUAGUCCAGUGAGAGAUGUGAGUCCUGUGCGGUGGCCGCAUAUGGACAAUGAGGAUUGA